AUGGCAGCAGCACCGUCCACCGCUCGACAAUGGGGUGUUACGCCUCCUAUCUCAACCACAUUACCGACCGCGCAGGAAUUGUCAGCGAACGAUGAUCUCAUCGCAGAGCUCAAGCUUCAGAACAACUUCGAGAGCCCGGCGGAGACUGAACGCAGAAAACAAGUGCUACAGCUCCUACAGCGUGUCAUGACCGAGUUCGUCAAGCUGGUUAGUCGCAAAAAGGGUCUGUCUCAAGCAGCAGUCGAGGCCGCCGGAGGAAAGAUAUUCACUUAUGGCAGUUAUCGCCUCGGAGUCUAUGGGCCUGGGUCGGAUAUCGAUACUCUCGUCCUUGGACCGAAACACGUGGUGAUCGAUGACUUCUUCGCCGAAUUUCCUCCUUUGCUCGAAAGCAUGGCCCCUCAAGGCGCGAUCGAGAAGAUGACACCGGUUCCUGAUGCGUUUGUACCUCUAAUAAAACUCGAACUGUCCGGUAUCAGCAUUGAUCUCAUUUUCGCCCGUCUGAUUGUGCCGUCGAUUCCCCUCAACCUUGAUUUGAAGAACAAUGACUACCUAAGAGGUCUUGAUGAAAAGGAAGUACGGUCGCUCAAUGGCACUCGUGUAACAGACGAGAUAUUGGAAUUAGUACCGCAGCAAAAGACAUUCCGCCUUGCCUUGCGCGCAAUCAAGCUGUGGGCUCAACGGCGAGCUAUUUACUCUAAUAUUGUUGGGUUUCCAGGUGGCGUUGCUUGGGCUAUGCUGGUAGCACGAGUAUGUCAGCUGUAUCCCCAAGCGACCGGCUCGGUGAUUGUGGGCAAAUUCUUCCGGAUCAUGAACAAAUGGGCUUGGCCUCAGCCGGUACUACUGAAGCCGAUUGAAGAUGGCCCUCUGCAGAUGAAAAUCUGGAACCCAAAGAUCUAUCACGGCGACCGCUUUCACCUAAUGCCCAUAAUCACGCCUGCCUAUCCGUCCAUGUGCGCAACUCAUAACAUCUCGAUGUCCACCAAGGCUGUAAUCCUCCGGGAGCUCCAGCGUGGUGGCGAUAUUGUGGACAAGAUCUGGGCCAAGCAGGCAACGUGGAAUGAUCUUUUCACAAAGCACUCGUUCUUCACUAGCGACUACAAGUACUACCUUGGAGUCACUGCGUCUAGUAGAACGAAGGAAGCCGAGUCAGUCUGGUCCGGUCUCGUGGAGUCCAAGGUUAGACAUUUGGUCGGAGCAUUGGACCGUAAAUCCACAAUUGCAUUGGCUCAUCCAUUUCCCAAAGGCUUUGAGAGGACACAUAUCGUCAACACUGAAGAAGAAGCUGAUGCGGUUAAGAAUGGCUCCCUCAAGUACCAAGAUAAGGGCACCAAAACGGAGACGACAGACGAAGUCAAAGAUGCGGCUCACCAGGCUGCGGCUCAAAGCGGAAGAGAAGACACCGAAGUGCCUGCUGCUGCAGACAACACGGCCGUUGAUGACAGUCGGAUAGUCUAUACAACGACUUACUAUAUUGGCAUGGAGUUGAAGCCGGUUGAACCAGGAGCGUCCCGAUCUCUGGAUAUCUCGUCAGACGCCCAGUUUUUUAAGUCCAUGUGUACAUCGUGGCCUGGGUACCAGCCUGGUGUCAACGAUCUCUCCAUUACUCAUGUUCGCAAUUACGAUCUGCCUGAGGACCUUUUUCAGGAGGGUGAAACUCGGCCUACUCGACCCAAGAAGAAAGUUAUCAAGAAAGCGCCAGCGGGCGGGCAGAAACGAAGCUUCGAUUCCUUGGACGACUCCUCAACUCCCGCUGCAAAACGGCAAGUUAGCGACGCAUAUGCAACCGCCACCGCCACACCUGCGUGA